UGUGUCGCCUGUGUCACACAGCUGUUAACCAAUCAGCACAGUGAUGUUAGAAUUACAGGAAGCGAGGCCCGGGAUGACGUGUUCCUUGCUGAAUUACUUGCAGCACGAUACCCUUUUGUUGGAGCUGUGCAGUACAUCACGGAAGAUCCUACUUCAUAAUGUGACACAAGGACAUUUCUCAAGAGCCACGUAACAACUUAUUUUCUUCAUACAGAAGCGGAAUACUCCAGGAGAGGUGAUCGUAUUUACUCGUGCUAAAAUCAUCUAAUGAAAAAUGUCUUUAAGGGUCAGCGUUUACCUAAUGCUCAGUUUUGGAAUAGGAAGUAUGCUUUCUCUCCUAGUUUCCUUUCAAUUGCGUUGUACGGACAACCAAUCCCUUUUUCAAAGUUUCAAGUAUUCUGAUACCUGCACCGAGACAAUCGACAUAUCAUCAAUACAAGUAAACGUAUCAAACAUCCCUCGACAGAUAUUUGAUGUAGCCAUGUAUCUCAAAAGGGCGAGGAUACACGCAAGAGGAUUUAAAACACGGAGGGCAUUAAAAUAUGCAAGUGAAUACAUGGACGCAAUUCUGAAAGGAUUUGGAACCUCCUUUGAAGACGCCACAAAACGGAAUGUGUAUGAACCCAGUAGUAUGUGUCCCGAGUAUCAUGAUGAUAAAAAGAACAAAAUCAUGAAUUGUUCUCACGCUAAGCCUCUUCAGGAAAUAGUCACAGUCAUUCGUCUUGACUAUGGCUCACCUACAGACAAAGAGUUCAUUAAAGAUACGUACGGUGAAAACCUCCCAAUGAUAGUUGGUGACUACGGUGAGAAUGUUAAGGAAAAGAGUAAUGUACGUGUAAAGCACAUGGUAUCUACGACCACAGAAGGGGAUGCAUUGAACACAUUAAUGAAAGAAGUGAAAACUAAAUAUACAUUAGUUUUGCGAAAUGUGACUGAACUCGACUCAAAUGCACGAAUCGAACGACUUGUACGUGAGAUAGAGAGUCUAAAUGUUAACGCAGUAGGCGGGGCUAUCAGAAACUCUGAUAAUGUUUGGAGUUUAGGUUGCCAUCAGAGAGUAUUCCGGAACUACACGGUGGUAUACGAGGAAGGAUAUGACGAGUCAAUGCACGACUGUGUGUUUUGUGAUCACGUGGAUGGACCGUUUCUAAUGAAAACAGAAAUAUUAAAACAAAUCAAAUUUGAUAAUAAUUUGACAUCAAUGGGAUUAUACGAGGACUUCUUUAUGAGACUUAAUACGGAAGUUGCUCUGUGUCCUGACUCCUUGUUUGAUAUGGAUUUUCCACGCCGUAGUGAGCUGACAAAAGACUGGGAGAAGUUUGGACGAAAACGGAAUCUUUACAAGUUAAAGUUUUCUUUUGGACUGACUAUACAGUUUGGAUGUAAUUACUCGUAUCCAUGCAAAAGAAUAAAAGGAUUUGUAAGAUCACCGUGCUGUGUUCAAGAGCUGACAGACUUAACUUAUGGCUUCAUGGACAUGUGUGAAAAGAUUAAUGGAUCGUGUCAAAUGAAUGCUGGAACAGUCCUCGGAGCUGUGAAAAUGUACAAUGUGAUCCCAUGGGAAAUAGACGCAGAUAUCCAUUUUUGGUGUCCUGAUUUCACGAAUUUGAAAAAUGCCGGAGUAAAACUGAGAUCUAGAGGCAUACGAGUCGGAGUGGAACAUUUAGGUAAUUGCGCUCCAAAAUCCAUUCCCGCGCAGUUAGGUGCAACGUCCAAACACUGGCAUGUGGAUAUCUGGUCACGUGAUACGAUGGAGUCAUACGAAGUAAGGUCUAAACACCGAAAUUUGACCAGAAUUCCAUUUAAUGGACGUUUUGUAAACGGAAUGAGAAACCCAGCAUUAUUUGCACGUACUAUAUAUCCAGAUAUAUUCAUGCAUCAACAGCAUUUCAGAGAGGUAGGAUUAGGGAGGGUUAAAACAUUUUCAAAAUGUCCGAAAUUUGACAGUCAUGACUGCAUAGACAAUUACUAUGAAGAUGGAAACAUUCAGUUCCGUGACCCGGUGGCAUAAUUUGUUUAAGUUACGAAAUCGACCAUGAUCCUUAUCUCGAAAAAAGAGAAAAUCACAAAGUGGAUUUCUUAUUUAACUUUCAUUGAUAUCAAAUCACAUUUCAAUAUCUUCCUGAACAUCUCUAGGAAUUAUGGACUGCGAAGAUUUACAUAUUUUUAAAGUGUCCCAAAGAAAACGAGUAUUAUUGCAUUGACAGUUACUAUACAGUCAGAAAUGACAAUGUUUGACUGAAUACAAGUAGUUCAAAUACGAUGAUUCUGAUGUGACAAUCGCAUGCUUUACAUACAUUUUGAUUACAUUACAGUAUGUUAACAAAAGUAGAUCACGCAGUUAAAUUCUGUUGUAAUUGUUUGAUGUUUACUUUGAGAUUUGAUUAUUGUCAACAAUGUUUCGGUAUGGUUCACUAUUGUUUUCUAGAUAAAAAAAGGGUAUAUUAGUUUGUUAGUGAAAUACUCCAGGGAAUACCGACAUAAUAAUGACACCGUAAUUCCAAUGAAAAUCGGUCGAAGGGAAAAUAUAUGAUAGGUUUGCAUGACCCUCAAUCACUUUAUCACUUAGUUGUACCCUACCCCAGUAUGCAUAAUUGUAUACACAUAUCCCUAUAUCUGGUAGCUGUACACGAACGCCUAUAUAGUCUAGCUGUACACACGUAGCGGUACCUGCAUUUCUACAGUGUCUAUCUCGUAGUUGUAUCAUUAUACUACGUAUUUGUACAUGAACCUAUAUGUAUCUGUUCACCAUAUCGCAUAGUUAUCCACAUACUACCUAGUUGUCAACGUGUCCGGGUGUCGUUUAGUUGUACACGUAUCCCCUCUGACACUUAGUUGUAGUACACCAGUCCAAUACUGGGUAAUUUUACACGUAGUCCUAUAUCGCGUAGUGAAAUAUAAUAAAUUAUUUUACAAUUUAGUAAAAAAUAUAUAUAAGAUUUUAUUCCUAGAUCUGUAUUUCUAUAUAACACAUUUGCCCUUUGGCACCAAUUCUGUUUACCUGUUGACGUAGUUGAUCUGAGAUUAAUGGUGCAUGUUGUACAUGGUUAUCUAAUAUUGUCUUAGGCUAUAUGACAGCCGUCUUCCGUAUUAUCAUGUACCUAUCAAUCAUAUACACUCAUACCUAGGACUUAGUACUAUAAAAGAUUAGAUGUAAUUACUAUAUGAGACAGUCGGUUUCCAAGGACUGGACUAAGCAGUUCUACACACUUAAAUAAGCCAAGAUACAACGACUUGGACUCCGUCUUCCUCUCUUACACCAUACACAACAUUUCUACAAGUGACUACAAAACCUUGUAGUUCACAGUAGUCGUACAUGAAACCCCGUAACACCUAGUUGUAAUACAUCUAUUCCAAUACCGUGCAGUUGUACACGUUUUCCAAUAUAUCUCAUUGUUGUACACGUUUUCCAAUAUAUCUCAUUGUUGUACACGUUUUCCAAUAUAUCUUAGUUGUACACGUGUUCCAAUAUAUCUUAUUGUUGUACACGUUUUCAAAUAUAUCUUAGUUGUACACAUUUUCCAAUAUCGCUUAGUUGUACACGGUUUCCAAUAUCGCUUAGUUGUACACGUUUCCCAAUACAAAUGUAUAUCUUAGCUGUACACGUUUUCCAAUGUAUCUGAGUUGUACACGUUUUCCAGUAUAUCUGAGUUGUACACGUUUUCCAAAAUCGCUUAGUUGUUCACGUUUUCCAAUAUAUCUUAUUUGAACACAUUUACCAAUAUAUCUUAGUUGUACACGUUUUCCUAUAUCGUUCAGUUGUACACGUUUCCCUAUAUCGCUUAGUUGUACACGUUUCCCAAUAUCGUGCAUUUGUUCACGUAUCGUAUCGUGAAACCUUGUACACUUAUCCUUGUUUCGCGUUCCUGCAAUCAUAUGUAUAUAUUACAUAGUUGUACACUUAUCCCUAUAUGGCGAAGAUGUUCACGUAUCCACUUAUAAUGUAGUUGUUCGCAUAAUCCUGACAUCGAGUAUAGGUAGUUGUCACAUGGAUCCUAUAUCACACAUUUAUUCAUGUAUCCUAGUAUGACUAAAUAUUGUAUAUUUUUACAUAAACCUAUCUGCUCAACAUUUUUAUGUUGUUCAAUUACCAUUCUCUGUAUACCAGUAUGUUUUUUUCUCUUUAAUCCAGAACUAAAUUAAACUUGCAAAUAUGUUAAUUCAUGCAUUUAUCCCAAUACUGUGUAGGAUUACAGACAAGUAGUUUCCUGUUUUGAUACAUGUUUUAACUAUAAAUAUACCUGCUAAUUUUACCUAUUGUACUUUUGUUUUGUAUAUAACACUCAUAUUGUGUAGAGGUCUUAUGUAUAAAAAUUGUACGUAUCUACUAGAAUAUAUGCACUUAUACUCUAGAUUAUUCACUGGUUUGUUAAGUGUUGGAUUGAUGUUAUAGAGACAAUAUGGAAGUUAAAAGUUAAUUGAAUGUGUAUUCAGUAUUUGUUGGCCAAGGUGGUCAGAUCUCAAGAAUUGAUAAUGCAGAAGUUAGUCAAAAGAAUUAUCUCUUCUUAUUACCUCUUGAAGUGGAAUUUGCAUUUUUUUUAAAUUUCUAAUUUGAUUUUAUUCCAACUACACUUGGAUACAGGGCAAAGCUACACAUUUUCAAACUACCUAACUAUCAUUUAUAUUCAUAUUCCUUUUGUCAUGUUACCAUGUUAUGUUUUUUGAACAUUUUACUUUUUGCUCAUAUAACUUUGAUUUUCUAAAUGUUAGAAAUAGGUAUGUCAAUCAGCUAUUAAUAUUGUCAUGUUACUUUAUGCUUAACUUCUGUAGAAUGUGAAGUCACAUUCUCUUGAACCAAUUUUACUAUAAUGCUGACGUGUAAUCAAUUUACGAAAAUCUUACAGUGCUGUCCAUAUUAAAAAUCGCUUUACCAUCUUAAUUUUUAUCUACUUAACCUCUGUCACGUUACCCUACUGUCUCUUUUUCUCUUAUUCUUUGAAUACAUGUUCUACCCAUUUAAUCUUUGGCAAUUUGCAAUACAUUUUGUGUUGUGUAAACGACAACGCAACAAAUUGAAUAUGUACCCAACUCAAUGUAAACACACAUCGACAAGCAGCUACAAUUUCUUUUAAAUCCUUAAAUUUUCAUUUGAUCCAUAUGACACUUUUUUUUUAAAUUACGUUUUUCACGUCACUUGAACAAUGGUCAUCUAAAUAGAACAGCCUAAUUCGGGAAACAAUCUACUAUGAAAAAGAUUCAAAAUAUGUUCAAUGAAUACCUUUGGGGAAGUCCAAUAGCAAAGGUCAAAGGAGAUAUUAUUGUGAAAUGUUAUGAAGAAGGUGGCUUGAAAAUGGUUAAUAUCCAACAUUUUGAAAUGGCCUUAAAAUCAACAUGGAUUAGAAAUAUUUGUCUUAAACAUUCAAAUUGGCAGACACUUCUUUUUACAAAAAUUAAUAGAAAUAAGCUUUUAACGUUAGGAAAUAGAUAUAUUGAAUAUAAUAUCAAAAAUGUACUUCAUAACAAAUUUUGGAUUGAUGUUUUUAAUGCGUGGAAUAGAUUAAGAGGGAAAAUUGAAAUAUUUAUGCCAGAACAAAUAUUAUCUCUACCAAUUUGGUAUAAUGAUUUAAUAAAAAUAGGUAUUAAUACUGUAUAUUAUAAGCAAUGGUUUGAUAAAGGUGUGAUUUUUAUAAAUGAUUUACUUAAAGAAGAUGGCAGCUUUCUUCAAUAGAAUGAAUUUAAUGAAACUUUUAAUUUAGAUACUAACUUCCUUGAUUAUAAUGGUAUUAAUUUGGCAGUUAAACGAUUAAGAUGGAAUUUUGAAAAAAAACUUAAAUUACCAUUGAUACCACUGUAUAUUGAUAUUGUUAUUAAAAGUAAAAAAGGUACAAGGAUAUGUAUAAUGUAUUGAAUAAAAAUAAUGUAUUGCCUACAGGACAAGCAAAGUGGGACACCAUAUUUGGAAAUACACCUAUUGAGGAAUGGAAAACAAUAUACAGAUUGCCUUUUGACACAAAUAAAAAAUCAAAACUACAAUGGUUGCAAUUUAGAAUUAAUCAUCAUGUCUUAGCUACAAACACUUAUUUGAAAAAAGAUUCAUUUGGUUCAGUCUGAUUUGUGUAAUUUCUGCUUCAUAGAAAAAGAAACAAUACAGCAUGUACUUUGGGAAUGUAAUAAAGUCCAAAAUUUAAUUAUGGCUUUCCAAAUUUGGGUGCAAGCUACUUGUAAUGAGACAUUUAAUGUAUGUAAAAAAGAUUUCAUUUUUGGUAAAUUAGCACAAAACCCACACCAAAAUAACAGAGCAAAAAAUAUUAUAAUACUAAAUAUGAAGCACUAUAUUUAUUGUCAAAAGUAUUCAUGUAAAGCUCUUUACCUACCCACUCUAAUUAGAAACCUUAAAACUUCAUAUAACAUCGAGAGAUACUUGGCAAAAAAAUAUGACAAGGAAGCUACUUUUAUUGAGGAUUUCAGUGCUUACCAUUCAGCUUUUAGAAAAUAAAUAUACCAAUUACAAUAAGGUAGUGUCUUUCAUUAUGAAAUAGAUUUAAAUUUACCAAUGUAAUUAAUUUUUAUACUUUUUCAAUUUGCUUGUGUUUUUGUUGGAUUCGUAUCAACCCUUUUUUCCCCCCGAUUAAAUGUUUUAUUAGCAAUAGUCAGUUAUUUUUUGUCACCCUUUCAGAAAUUGCCUUUGCUUUCGUCGGAAAUCUCGUUCCUUCUUCUCUUUUCUUUGUAUUUUCUUUUGUAACUCAGCUUCUACUUUUUAUCCAAACUAUCCUCCAAUCCCAUUUUUCAAUUAGCUCCAGUCAAUAUAUUCAUUUGUUGAUUGUUUCAAUUCUACAUACACUAUACUGCCCAAUAAUUAAGAAUGUAAUAGUAGAUUUAAAAUAUGAGUAUUCAUAAGCAAUGAUUACAUCUACGUAAUUAAGAGAGUAUUGAUGUAUAUGUUUGUCUGGAACAAAAAAAAAAUAGAUGGCGUCGUGGUGUCAUUGACGACAUACAUCAUACAUAAUAGUUCGGAAAGAAAACAACGCAAUCAAUUUCUUUUUUCAAUGUUUUUUUAUAUAUUAUAAAACAAAAAUUAAAAUAUUUAGACAUUGCUUUUUAUUUUUGUGAAUUGACAGUUCAUCAUUAAUAUAUAUAUCCAGUCCCAGAGUCAGAGCACAAGACGCUCUUAUUUUGUCACCUACUAUUGGUUGAUAGCAACAGCUGUUUCACAGCAUCAAAAACUGUUUUAAAUGUUUCAACUUUAAUAACUAAGGUAUGAGUUUAGAUUUAGGCAAAUUCUCGCCCUUUCCCUUCCCUAUCUAUUUUUUUUUCUUGCAAUCUCAUUUUUAAAUUAUUAAAUAAUGCUGUUUCUAUCUUAGAUUUUUGAAUUUUUGCUAAAUAAGUCUCCUUUAUCCUCUAUUAUUUCUGCUAAGGAAACACACGUUUAUAUAUAAGUUUAACAACUUGUUUCUGGAUCCCAUUUCACUUAAAUGAUAGUAUAUUGUUUGGAGUGUUCAAACCUACGAAAUAAAAUACGGUUUAUACUAAACCAUAA